AUGUAUGUCGCAACAGCUGCGAGCGCUUACGGGCUUGAUUCCUAUCAGGCGCUUCUUGCUGAGCCAGAGGACGAUAUCCUAAAGCCGAAAUGCACGCUCGCAACCCAAAAAAGUAUCGCGAUUGCACGAAAGCACUGGAGAAAAUUUUGUCAAGAAAUCUUUCCAAAGUCCCUGGAUGCAGAGGUUGAUCCUAUCGAGCGCCUCCAUCACGUCUGCUUUCGAGAUCUGCAAACAACAACGGACGAAGCUCAGAAGAAGCAGUUGCGGGAGCUGCAAAGAUCGCGACAAACCUUACGCAAAAGGCUUCUUAAGGAGGCAGCCAUCGAGAAAAGGAUACGGUUUUUCCACUGUAUCGAUAGCGACGACAUCCGUCAAGCCAAACAUGGCGUUCCGCAAGGCAACGUGGCCGCAUAG